UCCGCUGCGCAACGCACUAUCCUUGGAACGCCCAGGAUGCGGUCUUCGACUUCACAACCUACCAGGCCCCCACAAACAUGACUGUGGCAGACCUGAUUAGACAACUAUGCCCACAAGACGAAGCAACAUUGGAGGGUGUUGUACGCAGGUGUUGCCGGAUCACUCUGUCGAACCCAUCUGCUUAUACCUCAUGCGUUAGAUAGCUCAAUUACCAAAUAUAAAGACUCUGCUCUCACCCGUUCUAUCUUCCAGUGCCAGUCCCUGAUUGCUUGUUCUGUUUGUUUUCCCUGCGCUUGAUGGUGCUAGCGUCGGCUGCCUCGAUCAUGAGUCGCCGGUCCCUUUCUGAAAUACCGGCAAUCGCCUCUUGAGUUUCAAUUAGCAUCUUCAGGUGUUUUUUCAAUUCUUCAGUUUGUUCUGCAGACGGGAUCUGCACGGCGAUUGGGAUAUCACCGCUAGAACUGCUGAUGAAGGAAGGGACGUUUUCGACAGUAUCUUGGUUAGCCGCAUAGAAGGAGUAUAUCGAGCUCAAUGUGUCACGGGCUUCUUUAGCUUUAUCAGCGUUGCCGCUCAUGAUGCUGCUGGUAACAAGAUGAAAGACUUCGAAAUAGAUAUGUGGUGGGAAAGUCGUGCGGCAAGGAAGAAAGAAUUUUAAGAUUGAACUGGCACUUCACUGGAGAUUUGGGGACUCAACCGCAUUUGGUAGUCGGCUGUCGACAGUGGUGGUUAUAUAUACCUUUCCUGUGGAUGUAAGCGGCACAAAAGCGUAUGAAUGUAGGCAGCAGCAUGAUUCUGCAUUUCCGUUUCUGCUCAGUUGCAUGAAAGCUGAGUCCCCUGCACCUUGCCUUGCAAAUUCACCUUGGCGUCAACGUGGAUGGCUAUAUUAUGAAUAGAAAAUUUGCAAGGAUCAUGAGUGAUCUGUCACAUUGGCGCUUUGCAUACGGGUCGUACGCAGCUCACCUCCGCUUCAUAGAUCCCGGAUUGUAGAAGCAAAAGGAGAAGGAAAAGAAUAAAAAUAAAUUAAAACUCAAAUUAACUUAAAAUGAUCCCUAAUAUGGAGUGAAUGGCUCGGUGUAUUCUUCUUCCAUGCCGAGCGAGGGUAACAUCCACCAAACCAAGAACAGACACGGCCCAUACACCUAGCUGGCGGCUUUUCUGCAAGACUGCAAGCUAGUUAUUUGCCCAAUCCCCUUGCCGCCUGAUUGCUUGGCAAUUGUGACUCCGUGGGAACCUGAAAACGAGCCCAACCCGACGUCGCCCUUUCUUGCGCUUUCAGAAUACUUCUCUCACCAAUUCUGCGGCUUCAACUUGGUUUGUGUCUUGGACCAGUUUUUUCCAACACUCUUUCUUUCCUUUCAAAACUGCCAUCAACUCUUACAGUGCGACACUGAACAUGGACUGGGACCAUCUGGCUGAGGAGUCGUCCCGGAAGUUGUUUGCAAGUUGGCUCAAACUCCUGUCACCCGCCAUAGCACUGACACUUGCGGGUCAACACCGCCCUGGCCAUCAAGCCAUCGAAGCUUCAAGUUUCACCACUGGCGCUUUUAAUAUAUGCUGUACCGUCACAUUUGAAGAUGAGUUCCGCGUGGUUGUUCGAUUUCCUAUUCUAGGUCGAAGCCGGUUUCGCACAGAAAAGACUCGGGACGAGGUUUCAGUGAUGGAUUUUCUCUCAAGACGAACGCGGGUUCCUGUUCCUAUUGUUCUUGGUGCAGGUCGCUGGGGAUGCGGCCCUUAUGUUGUCACAACUUUUAUUGAGGGCACCUUGCUGUCCAAACAGCUUAGGGACCCUUCUGUGGGCUUAAGUGACUUGGAAAGAGCCUAUCGGGGAAUGGCCGACAUCAUGCUGGAGCUCUCGAAACCCUCCUUCCCAAGCAUUGGGGCUCUGGAAUGCGAAUCAGGGGAAUGGCGAGUGACCAAGAGGCCAAUGACUUUGAAUAUGAAUGAACUUGUGCGUGUUGGAAACCUUCCUCCGGCUAAAUUUACAAAGAAGAUUUUUCCAACAGCCGCUGAAUACUUUGAGGAACUUGCUACCCAGCAGCUUCUUCAUGUACAAUAUCAGCGCAACGAUGCCGUGGAAAAUGAACAUGAUGCUCGAAAGAGGUACAUAGCGCGCUGUCUUUUCCGAAAAAUAGCACGGGAUAUUCAAUGGGAACCAGGUCCCUUCCACCUAUGGUGUGAUGACUUUUGUCCAUCAAAUGUACUCGUCUCUGAGUCUGAUCUUACCAUUACUGGUGUUAUUGACUGGGAAUUUACUUAUGUUGCACCCACCGAAUUUACCUGCACUGCGCCAUGGUGGCUCCUGUUGGAAAGGCCAGAAGCCUGGGAGUCAGAUCUGAAUGACUUUUUGGCCAGAUACACACCAAGGCUCCAAUUUUUCCUCAAGAUCCUUCGGGCUUGUGAGGACAGGCAGUUGCGGAAUGGGACCUUGACGGAUUCACAGCGCCUAUCAGAUCGGAUGGAACGCUCUCUGAACUGUGGGCUCUUUUGGUUCUGUCUUGCUACAAGAAGGAGCUUCAUGUUUGAUGAUAUUUAUUGGACAUUUCUUGAUGAGAAGCACUUUGGUCGUCUGAACUCUCUAGAUGACAGACUCUCUCUUCUCUCUCGGGACGAGCUGGAUGGGCUGGAUGGGUUUGUUCGGAUGAAGAUGCAGCAAGUUGUAGAAAAGCGCUUGGACGAACAUCUGACCUUUGAUGAACUUGUUGACCUUUAACUCAAGUGGAGCCCACAAGAGCUUGUUGGAGAGAUCUAUCUUGAGGGCAUAAUGUAUCUACUGUUUAAUUUUGUAAAAUUUUUAUUCGUAGAUGGAUAAAUGCCAUAUCAGAGUUGUAGGAUUCAUACCUUGCCGUGGCUGUCCGCGAGACAAAAAUCAAACGCGGAAGUUCUAGUGAAUAAGCAUCAUUUAUAUUAGCCUGCUCAAUGCAUACCGUUUAACGUGUCCAAUUAUUUCUGUAAUUAGGUCCACUCCACUUCUUAGACAGCUUACUAAAUCAGCUAAAUAAUCUACUACAAGGAUGUUCCCCGAUUCACUCAAGAUUAAGCAAAUUUCCGAUUUUGUUGCUCUCCUUCAGAAUCCAGCGGGCCCCUUUGGCAUCAACUCCCAUGUCCUCCUGAACCAACAUCUCCAGCAGUUCCGGAACCAAGACCUCCUGGGCAUACACAACAGUCCCAUACUUCGACGCCACACUAUCGAUGCCGGCCAGUGAGUCGAUAGCAUCUUUAAAGUGAGACACGACAUGCGCUGAGCUGGGGGGAAGGUCAGUGAAGAGGUUCCUCUGGUGGGUUCGCGGGGUUGGGGUUGGGGUUGGGGGGGUGUUUCUUCACUCACAGAAUCUCAUGGCCUCUAAGGUCAUAGUAGCCGGUACUGUGCAGGAUACUCUGGGAGAGGAUCUUCCUGCCAUGCUUCCGCACUUUCUUGUGCACAACACUCUUAUAGCGGGAGCAGUACCCAGAAUCAUCAAGGAUCCGGCGCAGGCGAGGAUGGAAUUGAGUCAACUGAUCAUCUAGGUGGUCCCAAG